AUGGCGCGGAAUCUCCUGAUACCUGACCAACUAGCAGUGCAAGCGCCAGGCAUGGGGCCGCGCCGAGCAGGUGCCGGCUGCCCGCCGCCCAUGCGGGCCCGCGUGGCGCGCGGGACCUCCGCGCCCGCCCAUCGACCCGCUCGGAGGGACGUGGCGUGCGCCGCGGACCGCGCGCGCGAGCAGGGAGUGCUGGGCGCGUGCGCUGCGGCCCUGCUGGCAGCGGGCGUGGCGUGCGCUCCGCUGGCCGUGUCGGCGGACGCGGCGCGCGCCGCGGCUCCGGCGAUCUCCGCGGCGUCGUACGACGACCUGGCGCGCGAGGCGAAGGCGAACGCUGGCCGCUUUGGGGGCGUGAUGGCGAAGGACGACGACAACGAGAACAACAUGUUCCUUUUCGACGAGAAGGCGCUCGCGGAAGCCCGGCUGCUCGCCAAGUACGAGCUGCACGUCGCGGGCCCGGAGGUCUCCAAGCUCGAGGCCGCGCCGGGCUGCGAGCUGUGUCGACAGAACCGCACCCAGCUCGAGCAGGCCUGGCAGACGAUCGCGAUGGACUUCUACGACCCGAACGGCAACUUCACGUUCGGCUCCUGGGCGGACAAGCUCUGGCAGACCAUGGACUCCUACGGCUGGACGCUCAAGACAAAAGAGGACUUGUACAGGGCGGGCGAAAAGAUGCUGGAGAGCCUCGGAGACCCCUACACUGUGUUCCUGCGCCCGCACGAGUUCCGAGCGGAGACGAGGAGCGGGGUGUACACCGCGGCGGAGCGCGCGUACCUCAACCAGGUCUCGGUCGGUCCCGGGCUGUCGGUCGGCAACGCGCACCCUGACGGCGGCGUGGAGGUGUUGGGCGUCCUACCGGAGUCCUCCGCCGAGGCCGCGGGCCUGAAGCGCGGCGACCGCCUCAUCACCGUCGACGGCACGCCCGUCAAGUCCCGCGCGGGGGCCUUCCGGCUCCUCCGCGGCGCCGAGGGCUCGACGGUCAACGUCGCUGUGUUCCACGCCGACGGGCCGUCCCGCGCCGUCGACGAGAUCGAGCUCGAGCGCAAGCAGCAGCGCCAGGCGCCCGUGCAGGCCAAGUGGCUCGACGGGCCCUCCGGCGAGCGCGUGGCGUACAUCCGCCUCGAUUACGUCACCAGCGACGCCACGAACGAGCUCGAGUGGAUGCUGCGCGAAGGCGAGGCGGCCGGGGCGGCCGGGUACGUGAUCGACGUCCGGAACAACCCGGGCGGGGAGUUCGAGGAGGUCUUGGCCAUGGCGUCGUACUUCUUGCCUGACCGCGACGACGACGGUGGCGCUCUGAUCACGCGAACGGAGUUCGAGAACUGCGGCGGCGAGGGCGACGUGCAGGAGUGGCGCGCGGGACAGCUGCCCCCGCGCGUCCGCGCCUCGCGCGGCGCGCUGGUCGCCCCCACGACCCCCGUCGUCAUGCUCGUCAACCGCACCAGCGCGUCGGCGGCGGAAAUCCUCUCCGGCGCGCUGCGCGACAACGGGCGCGCCGCGCUGAUCGGCGAGAAGACGUUCGGGAAGGGCCUGAUCCAGUACUUCUUCAACGUCGGCGGCGACGGCAGCGGCGUGAAGGUGACGAUGGGCAAGUACGUCACCCCCGGCGGGCAGGACAUUGCCAAAACUGGCGGGCUGGUGCCGGACAUCAUGUGCGGGGACCACCCCGCGGGCGACGGCGAGCCCGACGGGUGCAUCGACCUCGCGCUCGCGGAGAUCGAGCGCCGGAUGGGGAUCGAUAUGGCGGGCAGCGCGACGGUGUGA